AUGAACCUCCUAGGCAUUUUCUGGCCAUGUCACGACGAUGGCGGCGGCUUCGAGUUUGUCACGAAUAAACCAAAUGAGACAUCAGCACCGCAGUGGGCUGCUCUCUCGACGACUGGGGGUACUAUCGAGCAGACGAAUUGCGAUAUCAAACACGAUGUGACGGUGGUCAAAUUAAGGAACCACCUCCCGACAGCAUUUGCAUUGCAGCAGGAGUUGCCGAUUUAA